AAACCAUGGGGGGCGCCGCUGCCCCCUCCAGACUCGGCCGGCGCUCACUCUCUCUCUCUGUGUGUCCUCCUGCCGCCAUGCGUGAGAUAGUGCACCUGCAGAUCGGACAGUGUGGAAACCAGAUCGGCUCCAAGUUCUGGGAGGUGAUUGGAGAAGAGCAUGGCAUAAACCAUGUAGGCAUCUAUGAAGGAGACAGUCCCGUGCAGCUGGAGAGACUCAAUGUCUACUUCAAUGAGGCGCAGGAGGGGAAGUAUGUUCCCAGGGCAGUGCUGGUUGAUCUGGAGCCAGGUACCAUGGACAGCGUGAGGAGCAGCAGGAUAGGACAGCUCUUCAGACCCGACAACUUCAUACAUGGCAACUCUGGCGCGGGUAAUAACUGGGCUAAGGGCCACUACACCGAGGGUGCGGAGCUGGUGGAGCAGGUGGUGGACCGCGUGCGUUCCGAGGCGGAGACCUGCGACUGCCUGCAGGGCUUCCAGUUCGUGCACUCGCUGGGCGGCGGCACGGGCUCGGGCAUGGGCACCCUCAUCAUCAACAAGAUCCGGGAGGAGUACCCCGACCGCAUCAUGAACAGCUUCAGCGUCAUGCCCUCGCCCAAGGUGUCCGACACGGUGGUGGAGCCCUACAACGCCACCCUCUCCAUCCACCAGCUCAUCGAGAACACGGACGAGACCUUCUGCAUCGACAACGAGGCGCUCUACGACAUCUGCUUCCGCACGCUUAAGCUCAAGACACCCACCUACGGCGACCUCAACCACCUGGUCUCGCUCACCAUGAGCGGAGUCACCACCUCGCUCCGGUUUCCGGGGCAACUGAACGCAGACUUGCGUAAGCUGGCGGUGAACAUGGUGCCCUUCCCCCGCCUGCACUUCUUCAUGCCGGGCUUCGCCCCCCUCACCAGCAGGGGGAGCCAGCAGUUCCGCGCCCUCUCCGUGCCCGAGCUCACCCAGCAGAUGUUCGACGCGCGGAACAUGAUGACGGCGUGCGACCCGCGGCGCGGGCGCUACCUGACGGUGGCCGCCAUGUUCCGCGGCCGCAUGUCCACCAAGGAGGUGGAUGAGCAGAUGCUGGCCAUGCAGCUGAAGAACAGCAACAACUUCGUGGAGUGGAUCCCCCACAACGUGAAGGUGGCCGUGUGCGACGUCCCGCCCUGCGGCCUCAAGAUGGCCUCCACCUUCAUCGGCAACAACACGGCCAUCCAAGAGAUCUUCCGGCGCGUCGGGGAGCAGUUCACCCUCAUGUUCCGCCGCAAGGCCUUCCUGCACUGGUACACGGGCGAGGGCAUGGACGAGAUGGAGUUCACCGAGGCCGAGAGCAACCUCAACGACCUGGUGUCCGAGUACCAGCAGUACCAGGACGCCAGCGCCGACACGGAGUGGGGGGGCGACGACGACGAGCCGGCGGAGGAGGAGCCGUCCAUGGCCAGCCAGAGUGUCACGAGAUCAAAGGUCGUGACGGAGACAGUGGUGGAGACGUCAGAGAGUGUGGUAGAGGCGUCGGCGGAGUGAGGACUCUGGGGGUGUGUCUUACAGAAGCGGGGGUUGGCCAGGGACUUACUAAGGGGGGGUUAAAUGUC